UUAUUAAACAGAUUUCUACCGAGAGACAUGAUCUGCUAUUCUCUUUUGGUAUCUUCUGUCAUCAGUUUCUAAUCCUGAAACCCGCUUUGGUCUUAUUUACCAUAUAAGAGCAUUAGACAACCCUUGAUGCCCCUCUACAAGAUUAGAUAAAAUGGAUCGAGCUGACACAUCAGGGUUUGUGAGUGGAGGAGGUCAACAUUUUCCUAGUGUAGUAUGAUCACAUCCAUUGAUCCUAAUAAGAACAAUAUGUACCGUGUUCCAGAUGUUGAGCUCGCAAGGAGUGAUACAACAUUAAGAUUAGAUUGCUUUGGUUAUGGAGGAAAUGAGUGUGUCAGAUUUGGAGGUAGUGGAACCAACAGCGGAAGCCAUGUUAUGCAACAAAAUGCUAUUGAUGAUGGGUGUAAAUUGGUCCUUGGUUUGGGGCCAACACCUACAAUAUGUUCGGACGACUGUUAUCCUGGUGGAUCUAAUAAAAAUAAAGGGUUUACAGCCUUGUUGAAUCAGGGGCUAUUAUCUGAGAGUGAUUCUAUCCUCAAACUUGGCCUCUCAAGGAGCACCGGUGAAAUUUCCAAUGCACUUGAUUUUUCGGCAAUCACUCAGAGUACUGCUGGUGCACCUCAUCAUAUAGAUCAGCUGUCUUCGGAUGGUAAAAGGCCAACGAUCCCUAUCCUGGACGAAGGUUCCACAUCAGCCAAGAAGUCUGGUGGGUACAUACCUUCACUUCUUCUGGCUCCAAGAAUUGAGAACAGCCAACUAUCCUUCCAAAAUAAGGAAGUUUCAGAGCUGGGUGCAAAAUCCCAUUUUCAUCUCCCUGAGCUGAGCUCCGAGCCUUCUUGUAUCUCUGACUACUCAAUGAGUAACCUCUCUGAACCAAUGACAAUGGCUACAUCCUCACGCAAGAUGACCAAUCCCAAGAGAUGCAAGUUUCCAGGAUGCUGCAAAGGAGCUCGAGGAGCGACAGGUCUUUGCAUUGGGCAUGGUGGGGGACAGAGAUGCCAGAAACCUGGAUGCAACAAAGGUUCCGAGAGUAGGACUGCAUACUGCAAGGCCCAUGGAGGAGGGAAGAGGUGCGAGCACCUGGGAUGCACUAAAAGUGCAGAAGGUAAGACCGACUACUGCAUAGCACAUGGUGGUGGAAGGCGUUGUAGCUUUCCUGAAGGUUGCACUAGAGCAGCACGUGGCAAGUCAGGCCUUUGCAUCAAGCAUGGUGGAGGAAAGAGGUGCAAUGUGGAAGGAUGCACUCGUAGUGCUGAGGGGAAAGUUGGCUUGUGCAUUUCACAUGGUGGUGGACGCCGUUGCCAAUUCCCUAGUUGUUCAAAAGGUGCACAGGGGAGCACUUUGUUCUGCAAAGCACAUGGUGGUGGAAAGCGUUGCAUCUUUGCUGGCUGCACCAAAGGUGCUGAAGGGAGUACACCUCUUUGCAAAGCACAUGGGGGUGGAAAGCGGUGUCUCUUUGAUGGUGGUGGUAUCUGCCCCAAAAGUGUACAUGGAGGCACAAACUUUUGUGUUGCCCAUGGUGGUGGGAAGAGGUGUUCUGUUCCAGGAUGCACCAAGAGUGCUCGAGGGCGUACUGAUUGUUGUGUUAGGCAUGGAGGAGGGAAGCGCUGCAAGUUUGAAAACUGUGAAAAGAGUGCUCAAGGUAGCACCGACUUUUGCAAGGCUCAUGGUGGUGGUAAGCGUUGCAGCUGGGGAGAGGGGAAAUGCGAGAAGUUUGCUAGGGGCAGAGGAGGGCUAUGUGCUGCUCACAGCAGCUUGUUACAUGGGAGGAAUACGAAUAAAGGAGGCAUGAUUGGACCAGGACUUUUCCAUGGACUGGUCCCUGCUGCCUCUCCUGUAAAGAGCACUUUUGAGAACAAUCGUUCUUCGUCUAUGGUGAGCAUGGUAUCAGAUUCGGUUCAUUCACUCAAUAAGCCAGCUGAACGGCAGCUACUUAUACCACCACAGGUAUUGGUACCCUUGUCAAUGAAGGCCUCACUAACAUGUUCAGAGAAGCUGGAUGACAGAAGCACCAACCUUGGGAUUGGAAGAAGCAACACAAACAACAACUUUGAGUUUGUUGUCCCAGAGGGAAGAGUUCAUGGUGGUGGCCUAAUGACUUUGCUUGGGGGAAACCUGAAAAAUGCAAUAAUGUGAAAGCUGUUCACUCUGCUGUGGGAAGACAAUAAAUUUGUGAUUUCUACUCUCAUGAACUAGUAUUCAGUUUUCUCUUUGGAACUGUGUAUAAAUGUUUGUAUCAGUUUUGUGAGACUCCUCUCUGUUAAAUACUU